ACCCAUGGAGACAUGGCACAUAGGUUCCUCUCAUCUACGAACAGAUUCAGCGCCAGAUUCGCCUUCAUAUUCACCGUUUCACUUUCUUGCACCUAUUUAUGCUAUAGUAUUAUUUUUUGUCGCAGCACAAUCAUGACAAACCAGGGUUACGGCGGGAAAAGAUGCCCACCGAGCAAGAACGCUGGAGGGAAGAAACUUCUUGGGAAAUUAGACAAUUGCGCUUCGCUGGAAGUCAGGUCCGCUUUGGAUGAGUCUGCUGCCCAGCGAGGAUCAAGUGAUCCCCGCUACCAAAGUAAAGCAUCUGCCUUGUCCGGCACUCAUUGGGCUGACGCGAAGUUGAGAAACAUGAGUGUUGCGCAAAGAUAUGGGAAUAAGAAGCUGCCUAAUGCGUUAAUAGUCGGUGUAAAGAAAGGAGGAACCAGGGCGGUGCUGGAGUUCAUCCGGAUACAUCCAGAUGUGCGCGCACUCGGAACGGAGCCCCACUUUUUCGAUAGAAACUAUGACAGAGGGCUGGAAUGGUACAGGGGAUUAAUGCCACGAACACUAGACAGCCAGAUCACACUAGAGAAGACUCCAAGCUACUUUGUCACCAGAGAUGCACCCAGACGCAUCUCCAGCAUGUCCCAUGAGACCAAGCUGAUUGUCGUGGUGCGCAACCCAGUCACAAGAGCCAUCUCCGACUACACUCAGACACUUUCCAAGAAGCCCGACAUCCCUACGUUUGAAGAGCUGGCCUUUAAGAACAGAAGUUUGGGUCUCGUCGACGCUUCCUGGAAUGCUAUUCGGAUUGGGAUGUAUAUUCUGCACCUGGAGAACUGGCUGCAGUACUUUCGUCUGUCGCAGAUGCACUUUGUGAGUGGGGAGCGGCUGAUAACAGAUCCGGCAGGGGAAAUGGGCCGUGUUCAGGACUUUUUGGGACUGAAACGAAUAAUCACAGACAAGCACUUCUACUUUAAUAGAACCAAAGGCUUCCCCUGUCUGAAGAAGCCGGAAAGCAGCAGCCAGCCGCGGUGCCUCGGCAAGUCCAAGGGCAGGACUCACGUACAAAUUGACCAGGAGGUCAUAGAGCAGCUUCAGGAGUUUUAUAAGCCAUUUAAUAUCAAAUUCUUUGAAACAGUGGGACAGGACUUCAAGUGGGAUUGAGAGUGUUAUACAGAAACAGGCUGUUUUAAAAAUGGCUUCCUCUGAAGAGAAUCUUCACCAAAAUGUUUAAAUGACAAGUUUAUUAAGAUGUGUAUACAAUGAGAAAAUGAAUAUAAAAUAAUAUACAACUCAGAAAAUAUAAUAUAGUCAUAGAAAUGGUUUCACAUCAUGCUGCUGGGUUUUGGGUUGGGCCAUUCAGAUAAUAAUAAGUUCCAUUUCUUUAAAAUAUAUGAAAAUAUAUAUAUAAAAACCCAGUUUCUCUACCACAUACAUACAUGACAUAUGAAUUUAUCACCGGGAAACCAGCAUUAAUCCAUUAACAAAUUCAUUAACCCUCACAAUACCCCUGUCAUUUAACCACACCAGACCUACAUUAACAACACAGCUUAAAUAUUCAUUGUCUAGAUUGCUUAUUUAUUCAUCAUUUCUACUCAAAAAUGAACCACUGGCUUUACUGCUAAAAUGAGCUCUCGACAUGAAGUCACAGCAAAAUGUCAAAUGAAUAAUAAAAUCAGCCUGUCAAUUAUCCUGCAAUGAAAUGUAUUUCCUUUUGUUGACAAUAGCUCAUGGACAACAGUGGCAAAUUUACUGAAUAAAUGUACUGUAACUGGUAAGAAAAACAUUAAAACCAACGGUAACGGUUUACAGUUUGUUGGAACUCUACUUCAGCUCUUUCUGUGUUAGU